AUGGGCCGGCCCGAAAAGCUCGCACUUCACAGAGGUGGCCAGACUAGGGUGGAGGAAAGCUCAAGGGCCAUCGCUGGGCGAAGCCCGGCGCGGCGUGUUGCCCACCUCGCUCCGGCCAGCCAGCCCCUGUACCCGCUGCACCAACCGGGAGCAGAGCCGGAGAGUGGCGAGAAGCGCGCGAGGUGCGUGCUCGCGCCCGCGUUCCCUCCGAGCGAGCCCUCUCCCGGGCCGGGGACGCGGCGGGACGCGCGGGCAGGGGGCGGUGUGCGCGCACGGCCUUUCCCCUCCCUUCCCCGGAGAGCCCCCUCCCUUCGCCACGCGCCCCUCCUCCCCUCCCCUCCCCCUUCCCGCGCGGCGCCCCACGGCUUGCGAGCUACUGAAGCGCUGCCGUCUGUACGGACGACGCUGCGCUCUCUGGGGCGUGCUCCUACCUGCCAGGCGCGGCCUCCCGCUGGCUCCCCGGCCGCGCGGCGCCUCCCCCAGGCCCCAGCACACCCUGCCAACGCCGCAGCCGCGGCUGCCCCCACCGGGACCGAGGCAAGUUUACAAACACCAACCCCGGCCCGUUUCCCCGGAAGCACUUCCCCCUCCCCCUCGUCCUCUCCGCCGAGCUGCCGCAUCCACUUCCGGGCUCGGCAGCUAGACGAGCGGGGGCAGCCUCAGAGCGGGCCGUCCAGCAUCGAACACUAG